GGCCACUGAAAAAAAGUGGGUGCAUCCACUGGCAAGGGAAAAAAGUUAGCCUCGCUUGCCUCCACAUUGGUGCGACCGCUACCGUUUUCAAGCUUGCAGGGGACCAGCAGCCACUAAAGCUCUGUUGUGGUGCACACGUCCCCUCCACCUGCUACUGGCACAGGCACUGGCUUGCACAGGCACCACCGCCUUCUCUCCAAAACCGCCCCCCAGGCAUCAUCUCUUCUUCCCGCCGUCAUCUCGUCCUAGCUGCCGGUUUCCACCAAGCAACAUCCCCUUCCACCAUCUAGCUACUGUAUUCAUCCAACCUUAUAUCCAAGACUGCUGCUUCUUGCUUCCAUUCAUCUUUUUUCUUUCUUGGCAUAUUCUCUUUUUGUUUUAUCCCGCUGUUAACGCCCGAAUCGCGCGCCAGAUGACGGUCCCUGUCCCGCUCUGAGCCCCGCGUCGUCGUCUUCAGUCGUCCCUUUGCCUUUGCGCUCUCGAAUGCGCACAGUAUCGUUGCCCUACACCGACUCAAUCCAUACCAUCGGCCGUCAACAUGGGAAACGUUACCAGCAAGCCAAACGAGAGCUCCUCUCUCUUUAUUCGAGACCCAAAUCGGCUUAACAUAUCUUCGCUCAUCAUUACAAACCCUCGAAAACGAAGCACCAUAACUAUUGUUCCCAACGAAUUCCCAGCCACCAGAGUCACAGCAUCCCGUCUAGCUGGAGAUUACGCCCCAGUUGAAUUUGUCCAGGAUCCAGAAGGAGCUGCUGAUUCUCCUGGCCUCCUGCUCAAACUCUCAGGCGACGACGAGCUAAUAUUUACAUUCACCUUUGUCAUUCGCCAAACCUCUUCAGCAGGGGAUCCCAAUCCAACAGAUACCAGCAUAGCUGGCCUCACAUAUGUUUACUCCUCAACGGCACGAGAAGUAGAAAACCUAGUUACUCGAGAAUUUCAUGCGGAUCCCAACCUUCACAAAAACUCCAACGUAGCGUUGGUGGGCGACUACUCGACAGAAGGCAGUCCUUCUGUGGCCUUCGAAUGGACAUGGAAAUGGAAGCCGCCCAAGCCUACUGAGGAUCGAAGCGGUGGCUGGAGAAAUUCUUGCAGCUUUGUCGAGUAUGACCCUCGAGCCCACCGCCUUGAUACACUGGCAAGCUUCUCGUACUUCGUUGCUGGUCCUACAGCACUUCCUACACAACCAACAUCGCCUCCACCCUUCCUUGUUCCGUCGCCUCCCAAGAUUCGAGUAGCCUCCGCGCAAUCUGUAGAUUCGCGGUUAACAGAGGCAGAGGAGCUACCUCCUGUUUCGCCUUUGAUAAGUUCGGGCGACAUGCCAACCUUGCCAACACCGACACCUUCCAAAGAACCCGUCAAAGUCGACUUGGUCUGCCCUCGCCCAGGCGAAGACGUCACCGUCACCGACGACGGACCUGUUUUCCGAGCAACACUAAAGGCACUCGAACAAAAGACAGGCAAUAUGCGCAUACAAAUGAAGAAGGUCUUAAAAAGAGCUGAGCAAGCGCAUCUCAGUCAAAUCGAGGCAAACGACUCUCUCGUGGCAUUCGUAGAUGCUCUUCGCGAAGCGUCAACAACGAACGCAAAUGCUAUCCAACCAGCCCUUGAGCAUUACUUUGACAAAAUUGCCCGCGAAAUCUUGCAGUAUGACCGACAAAAUACAGCCAAUUUGCAGCGCGUCAUCAUUGAUCCUAUCCACAAGCUGUAUCAGUUGGAUAUUAAGCAGGCGGAAUCCAAAAAGAGGGACUUUGAGGAAGAAAGCAAAGACUACUACGCAUAUGUUUCUCGUUAUCUGGGACAACGUCAGGAUUCAGGUAAAGCUAAGAAGCUUGCCGAGAGUGACUCCAAGUACCAGAACAAGCGACGCAACUUUGAACUCAAACGAUUCGAUUAUUCUAGCUUCAUGCAAGAUCUGCAUGGUGGCCGAAAGGAGCAAGAGGUCCUGUCACAUUUAACCAAGUAUGCUGACUCGCAGACCAAGGGCUUUUUGGCGACGGCAAAGAAGAUUGAAGCCUUAUUACCCCAACUCGAGGCGCUCACUACAGAAGUCAUGGAAGCUGAUAAAGAGUAUCAGUACCAGCGAAGAGAACGAGAAGAAAAACGACGCCUUCUCGAGAAGAGUAACGGAGCUUCUCAGGAGGCAGAACCAGAACAAUCUGCUGCACUCAACUUAACGACAUCUGGUCAGAAUGUGGCCAGUGGCGGGAAUACAUCUGAUACUGAGCUAGGCAGGGCAGACAGCACUGGCUCUCAGCUAAAGACAACAUCCUCUGGUGGGCAAGCAAGUACUGCCGUGGGCUCCGAGCUCUCGCGUUCACCUGGCAGUUUGGCUGCUACCAUCACUAGCAGCGCACAGGGGUCCAAGUUCAAAGGCUAUCGCGAUUUAGAAGAGCGCGACCAGACACAAAACACCGUCACGCAAAGAAAGGAGGGCUUGCUCUGGGCACUGAAUCGACCAGGAGGGCAUGUUGACCCUCUUAAUCUAAACAAGCAAGGCUGGCACAAGUUUUGGAUCGUAUUGGACCAAGGAAAGCUUUCAGAAUACAGCAAUUGGAAACAAAGACUUGAUCUACAUAUGGACCCAAUUGAUUUAAGAAUGGCCUCUGUUCGAGAGGCGCGAAACGCAGAAAGACGGUUUUGCUUUGAAGUCAUCACACCCAACUUUAAACGUGUCUAUCAAGCGACUUCGGAGGAAGAUAUGAACAGCUGGAUUCUCUCUAUCAAUAACGCCCUGCAGAGUGCGGUGGAGCGUGGAAUGAGCGCUCGCCACGAUUCGAUCAAGCGUCCCAGCGAAUCGUCAUUCAAAAAGGAUAUUGGCUCGAUUCUUACUGGCAAAAUGAACUCUGUACAUGGAUCCCACCACUCUUACAGCUCAUCUGGAAGUGGUAUCCCGUUCCGAAGAAUUACAGUUGGUGGGCGCCCAACACCAGUUCGCAUCCCAAGCUCUGGUUAUGAGGAAAAUCCAGACCAGCUGCUGCAGACUCUGCGAGACAAUGACCAAGGCAACUGCUGGUGUGCAGAUUGCGGGUCGGGAUCUAAAGUUGAAUGGGCGUCUCUCAACUUGGGUAUCAUUGUCUGCAUUGAAUGUAGCGGCAUUCAUCGUUCCCUUGGCACUCAUAUUAGCAAAGUCCGCUCGUUAACACUGGAUAUCAAAUCCUUCACCAUCGAUAUUGUCGAACUCUUCAUGCUUAUUGGUAACCGAGUCUCCAACAUGGUUUGGGAGGCUAAGCUGGAUCCAACACAGAAAUUAACUGCACAAGCCACCCGCGAGCAGCGUCUACGGUUCAUCACCGACAAGUACGUUACGCGGUCGUUUGUUGAGCCAAUCUCAUCUACGCUCUCACACUAUGGCACUCCCGACGAUACCUUGCUAGCUGCGAUCAAGAAGAACGAAAUCCAACAAGUCUUGUAUGCUCUGGCUCUAAAAGCCAAUCCCAAUACGCUGGAUAGGAUGAGAGGGACACACGCGGUGUGGCUGGCACUGGCAGCUGCUGAUCCAGCAGCUCCGUCAGCAGCCGCUAGCCCAACAACAGCGCCCGAUACUGACAGCAAGCCCACGCCAUUCCCUAUAGCGGAAUUGCUGGUGCAAAAUGGCGCCGAUAUCCCAUCAACCUUGCCAGCCUUUCCUCUCGGACGAUAUGCACAGCUCUAUGUGGAGCAGAAACAAGCCCGACUCAAUGGGUUAGUAAAUGACACUAUAGCAGCGCCGCCUCCCAUAUCAAGCGGCACUGAAAAGCUGCAGCGCGAGAAAGAAUCCCGGCUGCAAAAGCGAAUCAGCGCAGGUGGACGUUUGGCAAAGUCACCAAUCCCCGAGAAGUAGGAACGCAGCUUUUGGGAUCGAGUGGCACAGUUGACCUUGUACUAUCACUUGGCAGAGAUUGAUCGAUUUGGUCGCUUUGCAAUAUUCAACAAGUCGCGAGCAUGCUAUUGAGACGAGCUAAGUGCAGGUUCUCGUAUCACGGGCACGAGGCAAGCAUUGUGGAUAACUCUGUUUUCUUUUCUUCUUCUCGUUAUCUGCUUUUCUUGAUUUUGGCUUUACGGUAUCGUGUCGCGCUGCUUCAUAUGAUAGCAUUAGCGGGCGUUUCUGGAAAUUAGAAGAAAGUUGAGAGUGUUUUUGUUUAGUAUAGCAGUGGACUGAUGCAGGUCUCAGUGGCAAGCCCGACGACAGACUGGGCAGUAGCAUGACAUAGCCCUAAUGAUAAUGAAACGAGUUUACUGAAAAAGCAUUGGUGUGUUGUGUGGUGCGAUUUUGUAUCAAUGAGAGUAAAAAAAAAGGGCUUGUGAGCCGAUGGUGGAGGGGGACGUCCACCUUGUACAUGAGACAAGUCUGCCUUGUGUGGUUCGCAUGGCCUUAGCGGAUGACUCUAGGCGGUUCCGGGGGAGUCACGAUAGUGGCGAUGCGAACUGCAAGGCGGAUACAAGGUGCAGCAGUGCGGUUAGGUUAGCGUGCAGGUGCUGC